AUGGUCGACUUUCUAUAUACCGAUGAAUACUCCGUCAGUGACCGGCUCAACUAUCUCAAGACCGGAGGUGCUUCGAUACGGUACGCAGAAGAAGUGGUUGCCCAUGCCGAGGUCUAUGUCGUUUCGAUCAUUUAUGGAAUCCCUGAACUUGAGGCUUGUGCGUCCAGGUACAUUCAAAUAGCUCUAGCAGACGACCAGGAGCUCAAAGAAUUCCCUCAACUCAUUGAAACCCUCUAUGGGGGCGCACAGAAACUGGAUCCAGGUUUGAAACACGCUCUACUCGAGUAUGCUGCGAAGCACAUGGAGGCACUUCUUUCUGCAGAGAGAUUCAGAAGCAUAUUCCAGAGUUCUCCAAAUUUCGUGGCAGAUGCUAUGAGCAGAGCGCUUAAAAUGGCCAAGGAAAAUCAGAAGGAGAAUAAGUCACAAGCCAUGGGAUUGCAGGAGUCGUAUGAGCAAAUGUAUGAGGAGGAUUCAGAUGAGGAGGAUUCGGAUUCUGAUGAUUGGGAUUCUGAUGAUUGGGAUUCUGAUGAUUCGGAUGAGGAUGAUUCGGAUGAGGAUGAUUCGGAUGAAGAUGAUUCGGAUGAGGAUGAGGAUAUGGAUGAUGAGGAUGACCAUUUCUAUUUUGGUGGAUGA